ACACACACACACACACAGAGCAGUCGGUGGAGUGAGUGAGUGAGACGUGAGGAGCGCGCGCGCCUCUCUCCCUCUCGGCGCACUUUUACUCGCGGAUAUGCUUCCGUUUCUUCUUCCACUGUGGAAAUGUUUUCAUGAGGAUUAAUACACAAGUUCCGUACGGGCGCGUGCCUUGUGUGUUUGAUUGAGUUUUUUUUGUUGUUAAAAGAAAGGAAAGUUUGGACUUUAAGAGCAGCCAUGCCUGAGAAACUAAACAUCUCAGACUUCGUCUCGCUGGCGAAUGAGGACAUAACUUCGCCUUCCACGUCGUGCUUUCAGGCUAAAAUGAGCGACUGUCGGAGCACGGUCACGGGCCUCGAGGAGGCUCUGGAGCAGGACCAGAGCUGUCUGCACAGGAUGAAGAAGAUGGUGAAGGGCAUCCACGCCUCCGGCCUGAGUCAUGUGGAGUGUAACGAGCAAUACACUGAGAUUUUGGAGAACCUGGGAAACAGCCAUCUCUCUCAGGACAAUAACGAGAUCUCCACGGGGUUCCUUAACCUGGCAGUGUUCACUCGGGAGGUGACGGCGCUCCUCAAAACUCUGGUGCAGAAUCUAAACAGCAUCCUCUCCUUUCCUCUGGAGAACAUCCUGAAGAGUGAACUGACAGCCAGCAGACUGGACCUGAGGAAGCAGAUGGAGAAAGGCUGGAAGGAUUACGACGUUAAAAUAGGGAAGUUGGAGAGGGAGAGGCAGAAGCAGUACGGUCUGAUAAGGCUGGACUCGGACAUUGUGGAGGACAUGGAGAGAGAGAGGAGGACUUUCCAGCUGCAGAUGUGCGAGUAUUUGCUGAAGGUUCAGGAGAUGAAGAUCCGACAGGGUCCUGAUCUGCUCCAGAGCCUAAUCAAGUAUUUCCAAGCCCAGCUCAAUUUUUUUCAGGAUGGACUGAAGGCUGCUGAACAUCUGAGUCCGUUUGUGGAAAAGCUGGCAGCAUCUGUCCACACGGUUCGUCAGGACGAGGACGAGCAGGUGAAGCAGCUCUCUCAGCUCCGGGACUGCCUCAGGAGUCAGUUACAAGUGGAGGGUAAAGAGGAUUAUCUAAACAGGAAGAACUCCAGUCACGGCUACAGCAUCCACCAGCCACAAGGCAACAAGAAAUACGGCACCGAGAAAUCAGGCUUCUUGCUCAAGAAGAGUGACGGAAUCAGGAAGGUGUGGCAGAAGAGGAAAUGUGGAGUCAAGUAUGGCUGUCUGACCAUCUCUCACAGCACGAUUAACAGACCUCCAGCCAAGCUCAACCUCCUCACGUGUCAGGUUCGACCCAACCCUGAGGAGAAGAGGACCUUUGACCUUGUGACUCAUAAUCGCACGUAUCAUUUCCAAGCAGAGGAUGAGCAUGAAUGUAUGAUCUGGGUGUCUGUACUCCAGAAUAGUAAAGAGGCGGCUCUGAACACGGCUCUGGGAGGAGAUCAGCUCCAGUACCCGGGCAGCGGGCUGCAGGACCUGGCGCGUUCUGUAAUUGCAGGCCUGAGAAAUCUUCCAGGCAACGAGACCUGCUGUGACUGCAGCGCUCCGGAACCCACCUGGCUCUCCUCUAACCUGGGCAUCCUCACCUGUAUCGAAUGCUCAGGAAUCCACCGGAAGCUCGGGGUUCACUACUCACGCAUACAGUCGCUCACUCUCGACAUGCUGAGUACAUCCGAGUUACUGCUCGCAGUGAGCAUCGGUAACAACAAGUUCAAUGACGUCAUGGAGGCCAACCUUCGCGAUGACUCAGUGAAACCCAUACCGCAGAGUGACAUGAACGCGAGAAAGGAGUACAUCACUGCGAAGUACGUAGAGAGGCGCUACGUGAUGCCUAAAGAGCACUCGGAGCCCCUGCGAGUGUACGACGCCGUGAAGUCGAGAGACCUGACGUCCCUCCUGCAGCUGUAUGCCGAGGGAGAAGACCUGUCCAAACCCACAGCUGUACCCGAUCAAAAGGAUUUGAAAGAGACUGCUCUCCAUGUGGCUGUGCGUUUGGCUGAGAAGAGCUCUCUGGGCCUGGUUGAUUUUCUGACACAGAACUGUGGCUGUCUAGAGAAGAAGACGGUGGAAGGAAACACAGCUCUACAUUACUGUGCGAUCUACAAUAAACCAGAAUGUCUAAAACUGCUUCUUAAGGGGAAGGCUACUUUACACACAGCAAACGCUGCUGGAGAGACUGCACUGGACAUCGCCAAGAGACUGCAGCACUCGCUGUGUGUCGACUUGCUGGAGUUGGCUCACAGUGGGAAAUUUAACUCCCAGAUCCAUGUGGAGUACACGUGGGAGAUGCCACAGGAGUUCCUGUAUGACAGCGAAGACGAUCUGGAUGAGAAGGCCAGUCCACCCCGGGCUUUGCGCUCGCCUCUGCCCUCUAAUGGCUGUUUUGGGAAUUUUCCAUGCGACCCUGACAGACCGUACCAGAACGUAGAAUAUAGUUGCCGCAACCCAGCGAGCGUCUCCGGAGGCCACACACCUCCUCCUCUUCCUGCUAAAUCCAUUCAGAGAGGUCGUUCUGACCCCCAAAUCAGCACCUCCACCCAGGAGUCACACUCUGUUUCCCGCCUCAGCUCCAGUUCCUGGAGUGGUUCCUAUAGAAACAGCCCCCCUUCACCCCAGACAGAGGUCUCAGGGUUACGGGUACCCUGUUCGCCCCGCAACGGAGCACUGAAGAGACAGGCAGUGGUGUGGGAGAGUCAGAGUUCAUCAGGGACACAGAGCUCCAUCGGACCUGUCGUGUCGGAGAAGACAACAUCGUAUCGGCGAACUAGUAGUGGAAGUAGCAAGUGUGCAGCAGGAUCUCCCAGCUCUGGAAGCAGCAUGGAGGAGCUCUACUGCAGUCUGACCAAUAACAGCACUGCUAAUGCUGAUGCUAAUGCUAAUGCUAAUCUCUCAGUACCCGUCAUACUGCCACCACCCCGGUCACGCAAGAACGCCAUGAUCUCUAUGAGACCUCGGCAGAGGAAGGUUCUUGCGUUAGUGGACUGUAUGUCUGUGAGCUCUGACCAGCUGGCCUUCUGUAAAAAUGAUAUUAUAAUAGUGACUGCUUCUGAUGAUCCCCACUGGUGGGUGGGGCAUGUAGAGGGCAAGCCGUGCAAAAGCGGCAACUUUCCAGUCAACUACGUUAUGAAACUGGGAGAGUGAUUCUUUUCCGGAAGCUUCCACCCACGCGAGACGAUCGAGGACAGCGCGUCCACCUGCUCGUCCGUGUCCGCGUCGGAACGGCGUGUGCUGCACUAAAGUGGAUUUAGGGGGGAAUUAUAUCCUGAUGUUGUACCUCAGACUGUUUAGCACAUCGGCCGUGCCACUUUAGAGACGUUAAAAUUGCCAUGCGGAGCCGGAGAGACGCUGGUGUGUGAAGCAGCACUUAGUAAACACACAUACGGUAUACGGACUCAUAAAGGUAACAGGAAGCCAUCGGUUCCAGAAGGACGGCAGAUGAUCAUCUGAGCACUAAGGGAAAAUAAAUGCAGUGCAUUUCCUGACUGUUCGUGCCCAAGUCCACAGGUUCCCAUGGUUUAAUGGAUAUUUUGCUGUUAUGAGACGCUGAUGAACAGCAUCCUGUGAAACACAAUCCUCACUGAGUGACUUUCAGCCCAGUGAGCAAGACCGAGACAGAGAAAAGGAAAGAUAUUGUGUUUCCUGCCUUUAACUGGACGUUCUGCUUGUCUUUCUCGCUGAAUCAGCAGUCUCUCACUUCUCCAAUCCCAUUUUAAAACCCACAACUCGGACAGACACGGAGCCACGUGUUUACAAGAAGAUUUCACAUGAACGGUUUUCUACACCGCUAAUUCUGACGCAUUUCUCAAACCGUCUCAAGCUUCAUCUGCAGUGUAAUCGAUCAUACCGACUCGUUUAUUCAUUUCCUGUCAAAAUCUUUUAUUCGAAACCGUCUGAUGUUGUUUUCAUGGUUCUUUACAUUUUCCCAGAUAAAACAUGAUGCAGCUUCAUGCUAGCUCGCUAAAUCAGCAGCCUCGGUCGUUACCUAGCUAACUUUAUUAUCUAUGUUGAUAUUUUAAUAUCAGUGAACGUAUCACAAAAAAAUUCAGUCAGUUUUUAGAAAGAAUAACGCGUACAAACACGGUCCUUCGCUAACGUUUACAGUAACACCAAGCUCGUCAGUCUGAAAGAUUAUAGUCUGUAAAUAGUGAUGUUCAGUCGUUGGCUUCAUGGUUCAUCGUUGUAACGUAAUUUAUUUUUAAAUAGACCAAAAUAAAAGAGAGAGAAACUCAAGGCACGAAUAUUUUAGAGCACUUUCACACCUGCUCUGUUUGUUCAAUCCGAAUCGGAGCGAAAUCGGUACUUAUGUCAUUUGUUUUGGUUUAGUUUUGCAUUGCACAUAAUUCCACAAAACGAAUCAAACAACUGAACCCUCUUUCAUUCCUAUUCACAGUAACAGAAGAGUUAAAGGAGAAAGGUUUAAUCACCUGAACACAUAACGCAGGCACCAUACAAGUCUGUGAAUAAUGAGUUCGAAACUUUUUCUGUGUCAAAUCCAGUGUUUAUUUCUUCUCUUUUUGUUCCUAAAUAUCUAGAGCAUUUCUGCUCUGUCCUUCGGCCCGGUUUACGCCCCGAUAUCAUCAAUUCUCUGGAUGUUUUGCCUAAAUAACCACACUGAGCACCCGAGCUCCAGUUAAAUGGACUAAACAGCGCAGGAUGAUGUUGUCCAUCCACACUAAGAGCUCUGUCUCUUAGUGGGAAAAGACUGAGUGCCACAAAAGGGAGGAUCAGAUUCCUGUAACAAAGUGAGUGUGAAGUCCAAGAGCAGAGGCUCUCAGAUAUUGAUAUUUCACAGAGUGAGUGUGGGGAAAUAAUUCGAUUUCUGUGUUUGGUUGUGAUUUUUUUUUAUAUAGCCUUGAUAUGAAAGAGCAGUAUUUUCCACAUUAGUGAAUAAUCUAGGUCUGGGAGUCAGAACAUGUAGUUGCUGUAUUAUGCUUGAAGUUCAGUCUGUAUUUUCAGUAUUUUGGGGUGUGUGUGUUUGUGUGUGUGUUGGACCCAGCCCACUUGCUUUAGUACUGCAUUGCAUCCGAGCAGCUUUUAGAGAUCCCUCUGCAUUAUUAAUGCCAGGACAGAGGGCCGAGUACAGACCGGUGCACUCCUGCACUCCUCUUAUUCACUUCUAUGAAGCUAUUACAGGUCCCCAAGAUCCAAACCAUUCAGUUCAACUCCCUUUUUGUUUGUUUGUUUGUUUGUUGCCAAAAAAACCCUUCUGGUCUAUGAAAUGCAUUUUAGUUGAAAUGUACAUGAAUGAUGUAAUAUUAGCUUUAAUAAAUGUCCUUUCUUUU